AUGAAGUUCCUCGUCACGUUGCCUCUUCUGGCUGUGGCCGCGACGGCGCAGAUCGCCGCAUCGUCGCAAUCAAACCCUUUGCCGAAUACCCUGGCCUCAUCUCUACGGCCCGCGACGCCUCCGACAAUGACGACGCCGACAGCCACCAACACGGGCAGCAGCGGCCCAAGUCCUUCCUCGGCCCUCGGCAAGACGCCACAGGCCGAUCUACUCGCGCUUCUCGCGCCCGUCGUUGGCACCAUCUCCGAGAGUUUUCAAGCGGCCAACAACAACGCGGUCAAGGCCGAGCAGGACGGGCAGGCUCCCGCUGUGGAGGCGGCUCUGGACGGGAUCAUCUCAGCCCUGGAGGAGGGCACGCUGACGAUAGCGCUGGCGCUUCAGGGCGUUGAGAAGUCACGGCUGGGCGACCUGCUGGGCGGCAAGAAGGGUGCGCUACACGAGGCGUUGGAUGGCUUGCAGUACAGCGUGGCAGACAUUGGCAAGCUGCUGCAAGGGCUGGUGCAUGGUCCCUCGGGGUAG